CUAGGGAUUGUCUUCGCGAAUAUGCUACUGCCGAGAAUAUGAGCGCUAUAUAAUAACGCGGGUUUAUUGGAGGCGGUCGCCCUUCAAGGCACACGGUUUAUUUCGUGUUUGUGAUUAGGGGAUUUUUUCUUUUUUUUUGAGCCCUUUUAAUUGCCUUCCCGGUGUUGCCGGAGCUGUCGAAUAUGGGAAGGGGAAAAGGCAGGGCAGAAAGGGCGGCGCUGCCCGUGCGCGGGCCCGGGAGGCGCCAUGGCGGCGGCGGGCCUGGCGGCGCUGCUGCCUGCCCAGACCCAGCUGGAGUACGCCCUGCUGGACGCCGACGCCGCUCAGGAGAAGGAGAACUUGGUCUACCAGUACCUGAAGAGGAUGGACAGCCGGGAGCGGGACCUGGCGGUGCCCGAGCUCGGCAGAGAUUUACAGUGGCUAAACACUGAAAGUCCCAUUUCUCUUCACAAAGACCUUUGUGGAAAAGUGGUGGUGUUGGAUUUUUUUACUUACUGCUGCAUCAAUUGUUUGCACUUGCUGCCUGAUCUCCAUGCCUUAGAGCACCAGUACUCUGAUAAAGAUGGUCUUGUUAUUAUUGGUGUCCACUCAGCAAAAUUCCCAAAUGAAAAAGUUUUGGAUAACAUUAAAAGUGCAGUUCUGAGGUAUAAUAUUACCCACCCAGUAGUAAAUGAUGCAGAUGCAGUACUUUGGCAUGAACUAGAAGUGUCCUGCUGGCCAACUCUUGUCAUUCUUGGGCCCCGUGGAAACAUGCUGUUUUCCCUUUUUGGAGAGGGACACAAAGAGAAGUUGUUUUUAUUUACUUCUAUAACACUAAAGUUCUACAAAGAGAAAGGACAAAUCAAAGAUAACAAUAUUGGAAUAAAGCUAUACAGAGACUCCCUCCCACAUUCUCCCUUGCUAUUUCCUGGCAAAGUGACUGUAGAUAAUUCAGGAGAAAGGUUGGUGAUAGCAGACACUGGACAUCACAGGAUUUUGGUUAUCCAGAAAAGUGGACAAAUUCUACACACUAUUGGAGGUCCAAACAGCGGAAGGAAAGAUGGAAGAUUUUCAGAGGCAACUUUCAACUCACCUCAAGGGAUUGCUAUAAAAAAUAAUAUUAUUUAUGUUGCUGAUACAGAAAAUCAUCUAAUUAGAAAGAUUGACCUAGAAUUAGAGAUGGUGAGCACUGUAGCAGGUGUUGGGAUACAAGGUGAUGACAAGGAAGGUGGAGCAAAAGGAGAAGAACAGCCCAUCAGCUCUCCAUGGGAUGUGGCCUUCGGAAAUUCAGUUUCAGGCACCCAGGAAGACGAUGUUUUAUGGAUAGCCAUGGCAGGCACUCAUCAGAUCUGGGCACUGAUGUUGGAAGGUGGGAAACUACCAAAGGGAAGCAAUUUAAAGAAAGGAACCUGCAUUCGAUUUGCUGGGAGUGGGAAUGAAGAGAACAGAAACAAUGCAUACCCGCAUAAGGCAGGCUUUGCACAGCCUUCAGGUCUGUCUCUGGCUUCUGAGGAUCCAUGGAAUUGCCUUUUUGUAGUAGAUAGCGAGAGCAGCGCUGUGCGAACAAUCUCUCUGAAAGAUGGAGCAGUGAAGCACCUUGUAGGAGGAGAGAGAGAUCCACUGAAUUUGUUUGCCUUUGGUGAUAUGGAUGGAGCAGGCAUAAAUGCAAAGUUGCAGCAUCCCCUAGGAGUAACAUGGGACAAGAAAAGAAAACUGCUCUAUGUGGCUGAUUCCUAUAAUCAUAAGAUUAAAGUUGUAGAUCCCAGAACGAAGAACUGCGCCACUCUGGCAGGCACAGGAGAAGCAAGCAAUGUUACUGCUUUCAACUUUACACAGUCAACUUUCAAUGAACCAGGAGGCUUAUGUGUUGAGGAAAAUGGCCGCUUGAUGUAUGUUGCAGACACAAAUAAUCAUCAGAUUAAAGUGCUGGAUUUGGAAACAAAAAUUCUUUCCGUGUUGCCUGUCCUGAAUCCAGAAGCAUGUGAUGUUCCAGAUCAUCUUUCUGUACAAGGGGAUAAGAUAGCAAACCUUCCAAAACUGCCUAAAUCUGCACCAAACAUUCAACUUCCUUCACUGGCUGUAACUCCUGGCCAGACAAUUCAAUUUCUGUUAAAGUUGACUCUUCCUGCAGAUACAAAACUGCAUGAAGAAGCACCUAGUUCCUGGUUCAUCACAGCAGAAGAUAAUGCAUGGUUGCUUCAAGGACAGUGCCUGUCUGGAGGAAUUAAGGAUGUUUCCUGUCAAACUCUCAUUCCCUUUCAGUUACCCAGUAGCUGUCUAUCAGCUGAAGCUAUCCUGGCUAUCAAAGCAUGCCUCUAUUACUGCAGCAAAGAUAGCAGUGCCUGUAUGAUGAAAGGAAUCUCAUUCAGUCAGCCUUUACAGAUAGCUAAUACAAACCGAGGUAGUUUGACUCAAGUUGAACUGACGUACUCAUUUUUAACUAACUAAUACAAAGACAACUAAUUUCAUACUUUAUUUUAGCGUUUGAUGUUUCUGUAGGAAAAAAUACAAAAAGAUAACUUCUCUCCACUGCUCAUUUUCCUACAGCUUAUGAAGAAGCUAAGUAAUAUGCUUGAUAAAUCGAAGUAUAAUUCCUCACAAUUUAACAUGAAAAUGUAUAAUCACCACCUCAGUUCUUUUCAUUACUGUAGCAGCAAUAAUGCAGUAACACUCUAGAUUCUGUUGCGUUGUGAACAUUAUGCCAUUUGGAGCAAAGAGGAACUAUUUCAAGAGUACUUUUGGAAGAAGUAGUAUUUCUUUGUGAUAUUACUGUAAUAAGUUCUUUGCACUGUGUGUACCGGUAGAACAGCUAGAUCGUUUGAACCAGCAGUGCAAACUGCUUUCAUGCCCUUGAUUUCUAACAGAAUGUCACAACCAGUGCUUGCUUUCUCCAGGUUAUAAAAGAAUUUUUCUUAUUUUUCAAUGUUGGCAUUUAUGAUGUAUGUAUUUUGAAAACACAUCUUAAACUAGGUGCAGCUUUAAUUUUAUGCAAACUGUGUUUUACUUAACUAGAUAUGACCGCCUUAUAUGAAAAGCACAGUUUCAUGAAAAAAAUUCUGUGAAAGAACGUGUUUAAGUCCUUCAGAAGCAUUUCAUACUGAUUUCUAACAAAAAAUGUGCCUCUCUCUAAUGUGUGUAUUAAAAACAUGUCAGAGUUUUCCUGUUAUCUACCCAUUUACAUUUUAUAGUAAAUUGUAGGUAAUAGUUGACUAUCUAAACCACAAAAAUUAAGCAUCAGACAUUUCAAGAAGGUAAAUCACCAGUUCUUCCCCCUUCUGUGAUUCCUGUGGAAAGACCUGUCUUGCGAACGCUUAUGGUUAAGAAUGGUAUUGUACUCUUGAAAUCUAAUUCAAAGCCUUUUAAGUCAUUUGUUAUAGUGGCCUCUCAACCAGAACCAUACAUUUAAUGGUGGAUUAUUCACAUUCAUAUUCAUUUGUGCAGGAUCUGAGCUUUUGCUAGUAAACUGGUAUUCUAGUCUUUGAACAAGGAACUUUAAAACUGUAUUCCAAAAGCAUUCAAAACUGCAUUCUGCCUUUGCUGUUUAAAUGUUUUGCAAGUAAAAUCCUAUCAAUUUGCCAUAGCAUAUAGCAGGAAUACUGGAGUGUGUGUGAGUUUGAAUUGGUAGGGUUUCCACUAGGCUUCAGUGAUGCUUAGAUUGGGCUCAGUGCUUGAAUCAUGAAGAUCCGUUCUAAAAAGAUGAAUUUAUCCAAAGUUUGAAGAUGCACUUUUUACAUAUGUUUUGAAGAUAGACUUUUAUAUAUAUUAUGAAGCACCACAGUAGUGAAAGAAUUAAAUAGCUUUUUCUAAAAAAAAAAAAAAAAAAAAAAAAAAAAAAAAAAAAAAAAAAGAAGAAGAGAGAGAGAGAGAAAGCCAUUGCUCCUGACAUCUGUCAGUAAAUCCUCAGUAUGAUUUGUUGUUGCUCUUUGCUACUUAGAAGCUGAUUGAAAUGUUGGUCAUGAACUUAAGAGACUUUUGUUUUAAGGAAACCAUAUGCACUGGUGUGUUUUCCUUCCAUUGAAAUGCCAGCCAAUCUGUGAGCUCUGUAGUACAAGAAAUGAUAAUUAUCUCAUCUGUUAACAAGGCAAGGACUGAGAUAUUAUUUUUCUUGUGUUUUUUAAGCAACUUUUCUGGUAUAGCCUUUCAGUUUACAUGUAGUCUUGAGGAACAAGAUUUCCUACUUUGUUCACAGUUUGUAAAUACUAUUUGAAAGAUGAAAGCAAAGAAACUGAUCCAGAUUUUUUUUUUUUUUUUUUUUUUAGUAAAACUCCUUCUUUCUGAAAUGCUUUUUGGUUAACUUUGGAUGGUAGCCAGGAAGCCUUAGGUUAGCUUCCAAUCAGUUCAUACUUUUUCUAUUGCUUACUGAAAAAAACAAACACUAGUUUCACGAAUUCAAAAUGCUCAAUUCAGCUUUUACUGUUAUCUUGAGUAUAUCACUCAACAGAUAGAUUUGUUCUCUAAAUUCCAACUAGAAUUAUUUGAUAUUUGUCUAUUUGGCAAGAUAAUCAAAUUUGACCUGUUUAACUUCCUGUAUUCAAAAAAGUAAUCCAUAUGUCAAUAUAUGUUACCUUAGUGGCACUUUUUAACAUAUUGUUGAAGGGGGAAAAAUUGUAUUCCUACCUUUCAUUUAAAUAUAAUAUGUAGCAUUUAAAUACAGUAUUGUAGAUACAUUUUCUAUCCAAACAUGCACACAUUUGCACAUUUAGAUAAAUGUGCAUAGAUGUGUGCUUAAGGGUCAUAGCUGUUUUGUUUUUUCAAGUCUCAACUUAGAGUUAUUGUAUAUUUGCAUACUCAGAACCACUGUAAGCUUAUUGGGAGAGGACGUGAGUAGCAGCAGGAAAACUGUUGGGUAAAAUCAAGCUGAAGUCCUGGAUGUGACAGUAAAGGACCUUUAAAUAUUUAGUCAUGGCCAAAUUUUAAUAACUGUAUUCCAGUGAAAACAAUUACCGCUUAACUAGCAAAGGACAGGAAUAUAUCCAUUUGGACCAAGUUUUUCUUUCUCUUUUCUUUUAAGUCCAUGUCUUGCAGCAGUGAACUGAAUGUGAAAACAAUUUGGUGAUGCUAGUCCAGCACCAAAAGCUUUUUCAUUAAAUUUAAGAACUAUUCUCUGCUUCCCUCAUGCAUUUUUCAUGAGCUUUGUAAAGAUACUAUAUCCUUGCUACUGUUUUGCUUUCACUGCUAUAAUGUUUUUAUGCUAAAAAUAGAAAACAGAGGCAGAAGGUGUGGUUCCGUCUCAAAAAGACAUACCACCUAUUAUUUAGAAGAAAAGCUAUAUGUUGGAGAUAGCAGAAUCUGGUGGAUUUUCCUACCCAGAUCAAUUCCUCCUGGUCCAGUCAGUAGCAAUGCUGAACAUGCGCUCCUAGUAGGUACACUUAUGUGUAUGUGUACAGAAUACACUGUAUACAGACUACACACACAGGCAGCUGCAUAGACCAGCACAGCCAGAGGGAUGUCAUUUACUGACACCCUCCUAAACAGACACAGCAUUCGCGAAAAAAGGAACAGCAUGAACAGCCCCCUCUUUGGAUGAUCAGGAUUGAAGUGGAAUGUAUUUGUAUUGAGAGAUGUAUGUAUAUACAUGUGUGUGUGUGUGUGUGUAUAUGUGUACACCUACAUACAUUAUGGGAUUCUUCAGUAAUUGCUCUUAGGCACUUGAUCUAUCCAGUAGCUGGCCUCCAGGCUCCUCCAGCCACUGGCACCUGAAAGUGUGAGCCCCUGUGGUUUGUUUCCCCUCCAGUUGUUGCUCAGCGCUCUUCUCUAGCUCACUGGCUAGUCUGUCCUGAAGCUUUUAUAGCAUACACACAUAGAGUAGAGAAUACACCUCCCUCCAGAAUAGUUGAAAGUAGAAUUUAAUACAAAUGUAUGCUAGACUGGUGAUCAAACUACAAGACUUGAUCAAGACAAGUGCUGAACAGUCAUGUUUAUACUCAACUAGCCUUUUUUAUCCUCUUUUCCCUGUACCUUCCUGUGCUUGUUCCUCCUCACUCCACCUGGAUCCCUCCCUUUCCUGACCUUUGAUCUUCCCCUAAACAUCCUGUAGUAAGUUUUGUACUUAAGGGACCCUAAGUCCCUUUAAAGCACCCCAAAAACAUAGUCCUGAAAUGCUUUUUCUCCCACACCCCGUAGUAAGUCACCCUAUACCCUACAUUAGCCCUAAUGCUUGCUCUCCUAGAAAGCUUUUUUUUAUGAAGGAAUAUAUAAAAGUACCAUUAGAACAUCUUAGGAAUUGUAAUUUAAUUACAGUAUGAUUAUUUUUUAUUAGAAAAAAACAGGAGGGAAGAUGAUAUGUUUUAUUAACUUUUUCAUAUUGUUUGAAUUCAAUAAUAUCUUCAUAUAGUUUGUUUCUUUAUGUUGAAAAAGGGUUGGGAAGGAUACUGGCUGUGUGAGCUUAUUGAUGUAAGCAUAUUUCAUGCGUAUGUAUUUAGUUGAUUUCCUUUCUGCGUUCUCUUCUCACAUGUUAUUUUGGGCUGUUCUGUUGGAUGCAUCCUGUCAUAGUCACUGUUUUGCCCCUCAUGUCUUCCACUUGUAGAACCUUGUGCUUGUAUAAUACUACAGCAAUGUAGUGAUUCAAAGCAAGUACAAACCAGAUGUGUGAUACACAAGAAGGUAGUUUUAUAGCAUCGUAUAAAUCUGCUAUAAAUCUGAGAAAAGGUAUAUAUGGGUUUCAGUAUAUUGUAUAUAUUCUUAAUGCACUUUUCUUUCCAGUGGGCAAAUCUUGUAGUUGAAACUAUGGGUAAAAGUAUUAUUUGUGAGAACAUAGAGAGAAAUAUAUUCCUUAUCUAUUGCUCAGAAAAGGGAGAUGAUCAGAAUCAAGUGAUUUUCCUUCUUGUAUGGGGAAAUGUCAUUCCAUUCAUUUGAUUAUUGUUUAUUUAAGCAAAGAUAGAGGUAUUACUGACUGCUUUUGCAAAUUUUCUUGAAUUUUUCGUUCCUAACAAGGUUUGUUACAUAGAUGAAGCACUUAAAACUCUACAAAGUCAAAAAUUAUUUAGCUGAAAGAACUUACAAAUAUCUCUGCUAUUGUCUGCUAAAUUAUUACAGUCUUAUGAUGCUUAACUUUCAAAAAUCACUGUUACUCAUUAACACUUACCUCAAAGGUACAUUGCAGCUAAGGUCCCACAGAAGUGUAUGCGUAAACUGUGUGUUGCAAGUCAAAAGGAAGUUUUCCUUCUUGUAUAACAUGUGACAGAUGUUGUAACAGGCCAUGUGCAUGUGUUCUCCAGGCAGCAGUUAUGUUACCUGAGGAAUUUACCACACAAAGCAGCUUAUCACCUGCCCUUCCUGACAGUAACUCUCUGCGUAGAUCUGCCAGAAGAGUUGUUCAUAUAAUCAAUUAAAAUAAUUCAUAUAUGUUAGCAAAAAUCUAGUAUUUUAAGUGAAAUUUAAUAAUUUGCAUUGGAAUAGGUUUGUUGGGGAUUAAAUGAGCUUGUUUGUCCCCAGAUAGAAAGCUGGAAGAAUGCUGACAGUUAUGGAUGGUAACCUUUACAGUCAUGCAAAAGUGAGACGUGGUUAUUUUGAAUUAUUCUGCCACGUCUGUAUUUGUAUUCUACAGCAGAUCAUAAAUAUAAAAAGAUUUCCAACAAUAUUUCUAUUUUCAGUUAUGUUCAUAUAAUCAAACUUGACCACUGUCUUCUGUCAGAACCACCUGUUCCUGUUUUUUGCAGUUUCUGUACUCUUAUAUGUAAAAUCACUUGCUCCUGUUAGGGAUUCGAUUUCCAGGUUUAUUUUGGCUUCUUUGUCAUAAAAUUGUUGUGUGGGGUUUUGGUUAGGCUUUCCUAACCAUUUCCCACAAGGGUGAAGUCCAGCCAGUUUCUUGAUACCUCAGAGGGUACAAAGCAGGACAGUUACCUUGUCCACUUUUCCCUGCUCCUGCUUUAGGGAGGCGGAUGUAAAUAGACAGUGCAGUAGGGCUGUUCCAUAUAAAGCUGAUGUUCUCUGGCAGUGCACGCACAGUGGUGCAAAUGAGUUGAGAGUGUGAGGAUGAGCUACACCAUGACAGUGAUUCUCAAAAUGUAUAGACUCAGUUUCUGAGAUUAGCUACUUCCAAGGUCCUGUUUACAUUCUUUACAAUCUUGCUCUGUACUGAAGGCAGCAAUGUUGCUCUUACUCUGACUGCAGAAAUCUGCCAUCAUCUGAUCCAAUAAGUAUUCUUUAUCUUGAGAUAAUUACAGGUAAUAAUUACUGAAAUCUAGGUGAUAUCUGGACACUCCCCCACUGUUCUAGGUAGCAUUUGAAUAAGAUUAUGUUCUCAUGUCAGCUUCAUGAAGCUUUGUACUGAUGCAGCUACCAUCAGCAUUUUUACCAUUGCCUUACUAUACGGUAAGAUGGUACAGUUGUUUCGAGACCUCCCAGAGAGUCCCAGCAAACUUGAGUGGCCUAUGCAGGGAUUUUGAUGGCUCUCAGUUUCAGGAAACUUCAGUGUUACAGAAAAUACUUUGAGUAAUAGGUGAUUUGAAAGAUACUCCAGCUUGCUUUCUUGGUGCAGAUUUUGCUUUUUAUUGGAGGUUAGCAUAUUUGUGUCGCAGCUGAAAAGCUAAAAACCGUGGGUUUAAGUUGGGGACUGUCUGUGCAGCUAUAACUACUAUUACGAUUGUCUACUGUAUCUCUUCUCUCUUCAUCCAUUGCUUUCAAGCAUACUGGAGAACAUUUUGUCCAACUGCAGGCCCCAGGGCUAAGCAGAAGAGUUGCAAGUGUUUUUCAAAUCUUACCUGGUUCGUUUUGCAACAUUGACAAUUUUAAGUUAAAGAAACACCACUUGUAAAAAUCUGUUCUUAAGUCUACCUUAAUUUAAUGAAAUUUAAUGUUUUGGACUCAACAUUCCUCAGUUAAGCAAUAUUGCACACAAAACUUCUCCCCUUUGGAGUAAGUAUUUAGAAACACAACCUAUCUGGCUGUUAACAGACGUCAUAGUAAACAAGAUGACUUCCCAGUUUGAUUUUACAUUACCUGCAUUUAAACAAUCCAGUCCAGUAAUCUGUCCUGAGAGUUGUCUAUAUCGGAUAACUGACUUCCAAAUUAAAAAAAAAAAAAUGGAGUUGAGACUAAAGUGGAGGAACAAAACUACUAAGUGUUUUACACGUUUAAAUGUUUAACUUCAAAGUUAUCCAAUUUCAUUUUUUAAAGGAGGAUUAAUGCAAUAAAAACUUUCUCAUAUGUAAUCAUUGUACGUUUGUUAAAACCUGUAAUGGGCUUAUUUGAUUUUAUAAGGGCACUAAUAAAAAUGAGAUAAUUGUGAAACUGUAGGUGAAAUCCUGGCUUUUUAAGGUUAAUGGUAAAUAUCUUUUGGGCUAGUAGUUCAGCCUCAGAUCAAAAUAUCACGUUUUCCUUAAGUCAUGAUGACUGAAUAAAAUAUCAGUGCCUUAAAAUAUUUGAAUGCAUAUAUUUACAGAACUGCUGGAGUAUUGUUUGAAAUAUAGUAUUCAUUUAACCUUCAUGGUUUGUAAAUUUGGAAUUUUUUUAAUUCUAUAUUAAUUUGGAAACUGUUAAGAAUUUUCCCUCUUCAUUAGAUUUUUCAAUGAAGUAGAAAGGAAAAUGCUUUCUGUUCAAUCUGUUCUUACUAAGUAUUUUUCUGUAAAACAUUUUUUUAUCAGUUUGUGAACCUGCUUCUGAGACUGUUCUUACAUUUUUAUGCACACUUCAAAACACAUUUGGCAGGGAGAUUGCAAAAAUCUUGCUGAAAUUCUGAUUUGAGUAAAAUGAAGGACAAAACUUUCAUUGAUCUAAAAGGGUGAAGAUUGUUACCUUGGUAUUUGGGUGUGAGAGGUUUGUUUUAGGGUUGUUUUGUUGUUGUUUUUUUUACUUGUUCUGAAGAACAGCAAAGAUGCUGUAAAUGGCAGAGGGUUGUGCAUACAGGCAGCUAUGAAGGGUCAGGUUCUCUCACUGUGUAAAACCAUAUAACUUCAUUUAAAUUCUGAUGUUGGGAUGUCUGAAAAUCGCAGCAGUUUACCACUGGUGAAGAAAGUCACAUUUGAGCACUUAACACCCUAUAAAUGUCUCAGUGUUGUUUAUGGGGAAAGGGGGGGGGGGAUUUUCUUUUGUUUUCCUUUCUGGAGUGUUGCAUUGUGGACAUUGGAAUAUUUUUGUUGCUGUUUAAGAUACUAAACAUCUGUUUUUCCAUUACAUGUGAUGCAAAGCCUUUUAAAAAUCUGAAUAUUUGAAAGAUGUUUUAUAUUUACCGCUGUGAAGUGUACACAGAAUUAAACUGAAGGCACUUCAUCUGCAGUGGAUACAGUUGUUCACAUGUAGCAUUACCUAAUAGAAUUGUUAACAACGUCCAAGGAUUAUAGUCCUUUUAAAUAAAAGGUAUACAUCCUGUAAUAUUAUGAGAUGAAAUACACUGUAGAAGUUGCAGCCUCAGAUAUAAAUUUGACAAAUAAACAGUGAUUAAAGAAUGUACUUUUUCUCUAGUAAAACAUGCUUCUCCCUGUAAAGCUUUUUUGUGGAAAAAUAAACAUUGAAAAAAAUUA